UCAACUGUCAUCAUCAAAAUGGGUUUUUCCUUGUUAUUUUCAUUUGUUAUUGCCGCUGGAAUAUAUAGUUAUAAUUUUUCUGAGGCUAGAGAGCCUAUAUGUUCUAAAUUUGCAUAUGAAGAACAGCUUUUAGAGAAAAUGAUUAGGACUGAAAUUAAGGUAGAAACAAUGGUGAAUGAAAUUAAGAAAACUGAGGAUAAUGUCAUCAGUACAUUAGGCGACAUUAAACAAACAUUUACUGACAUGUUUGUAGAUAUGAGAGGGAACAUAACGGAUGAAAUGUUAAAGAGAGGGGAUGAGAUAAAAAGGAGGGAAGAAUCGUUCAAGAAAUUAUUUGACGUAACAAGUAAAAACAUCACUAGUGACAUUGAGGCUCAACUUAUUCAACUGAAAGAAAAACUUGAACAACCCCCAGUCGCUUUCUACGCACAUCAUGUGAAAGAUCUGGCACUUGAUUCUACAGAUGAGAUUAUCAUAUUCGAGAAGACAUUCACUAACGAGGGAACAGGUUACGACACGUCCACAGGAAUCUUCACGGCACCUGUCGGAGGACUGUACCAGUUUGAUGUCCAUUCAUGUCCUGAUAAAGGAAAACAUACUUAUCUUGGAUUGGUGUUGGAAGGUAACGUUAUUGCAGCACAUGCUUACGAUGCUGAUAAUACCUGUGGCUGUAAUACGUUUGGAACAGUAAUAAUAGUAAAAUCUGGAGAAAAAGUUUGGGUCAAAUCAACAUGGUCAUCUUCUAAUUGCAAGCUAUUUCAACACGCACUGAGGAUGAACACAUUCAGUGGAGUUCUUGUCAAUAACUGAAUGAUACAUAAACCACUAAACAUUUCAGCUUUGAUACGUAAUGAUAAGCGGUUAAACGUGAACAUUUUAAUACAAAUUAUUUUAAUUAAUUGUUGUGACUCAUUAUAACGUCAAACAAAAAACAUUGUUGAUUAUCAUCGAUUGAUCGAUGAUGAGUCGAUAUGUUGUAAAAUAUAAAUCUUGCAAUUACGUUUUUAUUGCAUAUUGUUGAUAUUACAGGAGAUUUGUAUGAUAAAUUAGAGUAGAGUAGAGUAGAACACAAUGUAAGGAAAGUUAAUGCAAAAUAUAUUAGAGGUUUAUUUCGUGUAAAUGUAUCAUUAAGCAGUUAAAUAUUUUUAAAUCAUGUAAA